AUGAUAUAUCAAGACAGCAUUGUACUCAAAACUGCUGAAGAACUCGUUACUAUACAAACAGUAAAGACUGAAAAUGCACCAAAAUUGUUGGCAUGGCAUCCUUUGAAACCUCUAUUGGCAGUUUGUGGAGACGAAAUAGAGUACACAUCACAUCCAAAGUGGGAACUAUACAAGUUUGGUGGAUCUAACGUUCAGGGUUCAGUCGCUAAUUUGCAAUUUGCGCAAUUAGGUGACCUAAUCGCACUUGUCACCCUCACUGAUCAACUGCUACAAAUUUGGGAUUUUGACACACAAUCUAUUUUAUACUCAACAAAUGAUUUUAAAUGGACGAGUAAAAAGUUGAUAAUGAAUGAAAAUGACCAGCUUGAGGAGGCUUCAACUGCUCCAGUUUCUCCCUCAACGAAACGAGUUGUGGGCGAUGAGGAUUCAUCAUUUAAGAAACCAAAGAGACUCAAGCGUGUGAAUCUGAUUGACGAUGAAGCCCAAGAAGAGCUUUUUUACGAUGCAGCAGAAAAGGACAUUAAGGAAGAUGAAGAGGAAGGCGACGAUGAGGAAGAAGAAAUGUCCACUACACAUGACGACUUUCAUGUGAACAAGGCACCUGGAGAUGACUUUGAAUUUAUGGAUGUGGAUUCAUCCCUUUUGGAUGAGAUUGCCGUUAUGAGAAAGAAGAUUAGUCAACUAGAAAAGAAAAUUUCUGGAACAAGCACAAGAGUUUUAAUGCCUGGAUCAUGUCCACCUCCAAACGACCAAAACAGGCAAUGGUGCCUAUUUUGGGAUGAAAUAGGACAGAUAACAAAACAAGGCGUAAACGAGGGUGGUAAUCUACACAUUUACAUAUUUUCUGGUCCAUUGGCAGGAUACAUUAGAAAGCCAGACAAAUACAACUGUCAUACUGCAGCAUUGACUUCCAAUGCAUUCAUUGUUGGCUCAAACCUAAUGAGUCAGGAUACAACUUGUGGAAUCGCAACAUAUUCUAAUCUUAGCAACGGAGAGAGUUGGGAGAGAAGGUUCAAAGAUGAUUCGCUAGUUGCAGUUGCUGUGACUGAAAACUUUUCUGCAGUCCUUCUUAAAAGCUCCACACUUGCCAUUUUCACUCUAGGUGGUUCUCUGAUCUCUGCCUUUAGAGUAAAGGGCGAACCUAUAUCCCUUGCAGCACAAGGGAAUCUUUUACUUGUUGUCUCAGGGCUUAAUGGAUCAAAUGUCUAUUCUGCACGUCUAAUAUGGGUGAAUGGACUCAGAGGACUGGCAAGAAAUGGUGUUUCUAGGAUAGUAAAUGUUCAUAAUGAAGAUUUUACUACGGGAGGCCCAAUAACACACAUUGGACUUUCGAAUUACACACCAUGGAUUGUGGAUUCUCAGGGUGACCUAUUACUCCUCUUGCCUGUAACGUCCAGCUUUACAAAGCUGUGUGGAAUAUCGCUGGAAUGGGUACCCACAAUCAACAUUAAGAAAAUUGGAAGUAGCGAUGAUUCAAAGACUGAAUCGCGUGUUUUCCCUCUUUAUAUCAGCAACUUACAGCUUUGCUAUAUAAAACUUCGCGAGGGUCAAAAGUAUCCAGAAUCAGCGCAGGCUAUAAACUUUAUGGGUUAUACCUUGCACAGGGCGUUUCUGAGACUAGAAAUGUGUAGUAGUGCUUAUCUUCCCUUUAGCAAAUACUCAUCCAUGCUCAGCAGAGAUCCACUACUAAAGGAGAUACAAACAGAUGGCCAAAACCAGGACAUGCAGGUCGUUUCUGAUAUAGCUAACAUACCAUGGCAACAGUACGACGACAUGAGGCAUAUGCAGGCACUGCUAAAUGCCCAAGGAGAAUAUAUAUUGAAGCUGCAAAACAUGUAUAGAUUUUGGAUUAAAAAUGCGGACAAUUUACAAACGACCACAGUUACCUCCAUGGUAAACUCUGAAAAGGCACACGAUAAGUGGCUGCUGAGGGUUCUCAGAAAGACAAAAGAUAAGAAACAGGAUAAUCCUGUAACCCGCGAUGCUAUACAGAUGCUCAGAAUGCCAAAAUGCCUCGAUGCUGCAAAAAGUAUACUCGCUGACCAAAUCGACUUUAGGCAAAGGCAAGUUCUUCAAGACUCACUCAUGUUGUUGGCACAAACUGACAUUAGUAAAAAUAAAGUUUAA